AUGUCGUCUGUUGUGGAUCCUUUUAACAAGUUUUCUUACAUGGAAUCGGGCAGUCAGAGGCAGCAUUUCUCGCCUUAUGCAGACAACGGAGGUAGUGUUGUGGCUAUAGCAGGAGAAGAUUACGCUAUUAUAGCUGCAGAUACCCGUUUGAGUUCAGGAUUUUCUAUUUAUACCCGAGAGCAGUCGAAAUUAUUUCAACUUUCAGAAAAAACAAUUCUUGGUUGUUCUGGCUGCUGGUGUGACACACUGACACUGACACGAGUAUUGGAUGCCAGAAUGCAAAUGUAUUACCAUGAACAUCAGAAGCUUAUGGAAACACCUGCAGUUGCACAAAUGUUGUCCACUAUGUUAUAUUAUAAGCGAUUUUUCCCUUAUUAUGUUUCCAAUAUUUUGGCUGGCUUGGAUGGUGAAGGAAAGGGCUGUGUAUACAGUUAUGAUCCAAUUGGACAUUGUGAGAAGUCUUACUUCAGAGCUGGAGGAAGUGCAGGAGCUUUGCUGCAGCCUUUACUUGAUAACCAGAUUGGAUUCCACAACAUGGAGAAGGUGACUGUUUCUCCUGUCCCAGUGGAGAAAGCAUUAGCAAUUUUGAAGGAUGGGUUUAUUUCUGCAGCUGAACGAGAUAUCUACACUGGUGAUAGUAUUUUGAUUAAGAUCAUUACAAAAGAUGGUAUUAAAGAUGAAUCAUUCCAGUUGAGGAAAGAUUAA